AUGCCCUUGCCCACACCCACCGCCAAAUGCCCUUGCCCACACCCACCGCGAAAUGCCCUUGCCCAAACCCACCGCAAAAUGCCCUUGCCCACACCCACCGCGAAAUGCCCUUGCCCACUCCCACCGCCAAAUGCCCUUGCCCACACCCACCGCCAAAUGCCCUUGCCCACUCCCACCGCCAAAUGCCCUUGCCCACACCCACCGCCAUAUGCCCUUACCCACACCCACCGCCAAAUGCCCUUGCCCACACCCACCCCCAAAUACUCUUGCCCACUCCCACCGCCAAAUGCCCUUGUCCACACCCACCGCCAAAUGCCCUUGCCCACCCCCACCCCCAAAUACUCUUGCCCACUCCCACCGCCAAAUGCCCUUGUCCACACCCACCGCCAAGUGCCCUUGCCCACUCCCACCGCCAAAUGCUCUUGCCCACACCCACCGCCAAAUGCCCUUGCCCACACCCACCGCCAAAUGCCCUUGCCCACUCCCACCGCCAAAUGCCCUUGCCCACACCCACCGCGAAAUGCCCUUGCCCAAACCCACCGCAAAAUGCCCUUGCCCACACCCACCGCGAAAUGCCCUUGCUCACUCCCACCGCCAAAUGCCCUUGCCCACACCCACCGCCAAAUGCCCUUGCCCACUCCCACCGCCAAAUGCCCUUGCCCACACCCACCGCCAUAUGCCCUUACCCACACCCACCGCCAAAUGCCCUUGUCCACACCCACCGCCAAAUACUCUUGCCCACUCCCACCGCCAAAUGCCCUUGUCCACACCCACCGCCAAGUGCCCUUGCCCACACCCACCGCCAAAUGCCCUUGCCCACACCCACCGCCAAAUGCCCUUGCCCACUCCCACCGCCAAAUGCCCUUGCCCACACCCACCGCCAAAUGCCCUUGCCCACACCCACCGCCAAAUGCCCUUGCCCACACCCACCCCCAAAUACUCUUGCCCACUCCCACCGUUAAAUGCCCUUGUCCACACCCACCGCCAAAUGCCCUUGCCCACUCCCACCGCCAAAUGCCCUUGCCCACACCCACCCCCAAAUACUCUUGCCCACUCCCACCGUUAAAUGCCCUUGUCCACACCCACCGCCAAAUGCCCUUGCCCACUCCCACCGCCAAAUGCCCUUGCCCACACCCACCGCCAAAUGCCCUUGCCCACUCCCACCGCCAAAUGCCCUUGCCCACUCCCACCGCCAAAUGCCCUUGCCCACUCCCACCGCCAAAUGCCCUUGCCCACACCCACCGCCAAAUGCCCUUGCCCACACCCACCGCCAUAUGCCCUUACCCACACCCACCGCAAAAUGCCCUUGCCCACACCCACCGCCAUAUGCCCUUACCAACACCCCACCGUAUCAUCGUCGCUAAAUCCACACACUUUCAAAGAGUCUCCAACCGCACACACUGGAUCGACCCCCCCCCCCCCUCGCCCCGCCUUACUAGCAUCCACUAUGACUUCCUUCAUCGCCUUCAGAUCCACCCACAAACACCAGCCACAUCCUCGGUCUCCCACAAACACCGGCCACAUCCUAGGUCUCCCACAAACACUGGUCACAACACCCGUCCCUUGACAAGUAUCCCACCGAGUCCCCCGUCACACUCAGUCCCAUUUCAGAACACCCACAGCAGUUCCUGUCCUCCACGGACACCCACUGCAUAUUCCAACUCCUCGCCUUAUCUCCCCCUUCACACCUAA